GCAGAAUUGCCUGUUCGCCGGCUUGUCGUUUCUUUCCCCUCCCGCAAACCAAAAUGUUGGCGGCUCGCCGCCGGCUGUCCGCCGCCUCCACCUCUCCACUCCUCCGCCGCCGCCGCCUUUCCGCCCAGACCCAGCCCACGGCAUCGCCGGCGCAGCCCCCGCCGGAGGUGACCGAUUCGGGGCCCGGAGCGUGGGCCGGCCGCGCGGUGGCGCUCUCGCUGCUGGGCCUGACGGGCGCCGUCGCAGCCAGCGCUGUCAGCGACCUCUCCGUCUUCCUCUCAUGCUCCAGCCAGGCAAUAGAGAAGGCCACCCAGAACCAGCAGAUUGUCAAUGCCAUUGGUAAGCCGAUUGUGCGGGGACCCUGGUACAGUGCUUCCAUUGCCGUGAAUCACGUGAAGCAUUCUGUCUCCUGCACUUUCCCGGUGUCGGGGCCCCAAGGAAACGGUCUUCUUAAGCUCAAGGCUAUGCGCUUGGGAGAUGAAUCUUGGUAUUCGUUUCUGCAGCCCGCGGACUGGGAGAUACUGAUAAUGGAUGCCAUCCUUGAUAUUCAUACUGAAGAUGGUAAACACCGAACAAUGAGGGUAACCAUUCCAGACAACACACCUGCUCUGCCACCAGCAGACUGCACUGCGUGCAAGGCUCAUGCAGCUCCACCACCGCCUCAACCUCCUACGGAGAAGUGAAUCCAUUGAGAGAUGCUUUUCCAUCUGAACAUGGUUACUAUGGAGUGAUUUAUUCUUUCCACAAUCUCCGACGAAACCUUGUGGGAAUAAAUGUUUUAUAUUUUUUUGGCCAAGAGGACCACAGGUCGAUCUUAGGAAAUAGUAAGAAUUGUUUUCUGAUAUUGGACAUCCCUAUGGGUUAUAGAAUAGGUUAGAUGAAUCUGUCAUCUGGCCGGCCAUACUAUGAAGGUCGGGCCGAUCAGAGAUUAGCUCCAGGACUUGCUUAGCGUACAAUACUUGCAGAAAUCUGUUGGGUUGAUGUUACACGACUGUAUGAGAAAGCCUAGUUGGCCCGUUUUUGAGUUCUCGUAUGUCAUUUUUUUUUGUUUGAGCAGUGCUUUUUACUGGAGAAUAAUGCCUGCAGAACCAAACAAGUACUAUCAGAUAAAGUAUGAGAUUUCUAUUCUGAGUUC